UCUCUUACUCCUCUCUGUACAUUUGCUGGCAAUUCUCUCUCUUUCUAUCUCCUCUUUUUCUCCUUCUCUUUUCCCUGUUUUUUGACAAAUCAUUCCUCUGUUUUUUCUUUCCUCUCUAAAUUUUCUUAAACCCUAAAAGAACCCAUUUCUUCUAUGAACAAAUCAUAAAAAACCCAUUAAAAAUAUGUCAAACAAACAUUGUUAUUAUUAUUAUUAUUAUUAUUAUUAUUUAAUAAUAUGGGUUUUUAUGAUAAUCAUUGUAAAAUCAGAAACUAGUUCAAAAUCAAUAUACCAAGUAUUAGAAUCAAAGGGUUUACCAUCUGGAUUAUUCCCAAAAGGGAUUUCAAAUUUUACAAUUGAUGAUGAUGGGAAUUUUAGGGUUUAUUUAAAUGAAGCUUGUGAAGCUAAAUUUGAGAGUGAAAUUCAUUAUGAAAAAGAUGUUUCUGGGCAAAUUAGUUUUGGGCAGAUCGGAAAUUUAACAGGAAUUGAAGCUCAAGAUCUGUUUUUAUGGUUUCCAGUUAAAGGAAUUAGGGUUGAUAUUCCAAGUUCUGGUGUUAUUUAUUUUGAUGUGGGUGUUGUUCAUAAACAAUUCUCUGUUUCUUUAUUUGACACUCCAAGAGAUUGUGUUGCUACUACUCGUCCUAUCGCUAUUGGGAAUUUUGAUUUUUCCUCCAUUGUUGUUGAUCUCCUUGUUAAGAAAUUAGAUGGAAUUCUACAAUAUAGUUUGAAUUGGUGGAAGAACGAUGAAGCAGAAGUUAUAUAGAUCCAUUUCAUUGAACUUAGAGGAACAAAUUCAUUUAGUUUCAAAUCAUGUACAUUGUGCAUCUUAGAUGGUUCUUGAUCUUCUUUGUUUAAAUCAAUUUUGGCCGCCUGAACAAAUAUGAAUUAUCGAGUAAAUAUUGGGAAGAAUUCAGUUAUAAAGAACUCAAAAAAUCACAAUGAUUUGUAUUUCUUAUUGAACAAAUAUGAUUGAAGAAAGAGGAGACUAAAAUGUCGAUUAAUGUCAUUAGCCUUAUAAAGUAUAUAACAUAUACUGAAUUUUGGCCAAAAUACUCUAUCAUUGUAGUGUCAAUAUUUACUCCUUGAGAAAAUAAACUAUAUACAUGAAUUUUACUUAUAGUAAGGAUAUUCAUAAUGAUAGUAAUACAAAUAAAUAUUCAGUUUAUUUCAUUUUGAUCGUUGUGUGAAAUUUUAUUAAUGUUACCAAUAAAUAAAGAUUUAUUGUUGGAUA